AAAUUGCUCCUGUUGUAGUGUUUAGCUCCACAAGAAUAGUAUUCCCAACCAUAAUUUUAAUUAAGGGGGAUUUUAUCUUUGUCUUAUGUAGCAGAAUUUAAUAAUUCUAAUAGGUAUUACUUAUGUUACGAAGAAUGCUUAGAAUAACAGCAUUAGGAUAAUUGGAUAUCCACAGUUAGGUCAAGGGCUCAUAAACAAUACCUAAUCAAGGCGAAAACCGGUAUCUGGCGAGUCAUGAAGGUUGCAUGCGCAGACGCCGGUCACCGCUCUCACAUUGUGAUUAUAACCGUGGUAUAAUCAACAGCUUUCGUGGUUUAACUGUUGAGUUUUAUUUAGUUCCUGUUUAUAAAGAUGGCUACUCCUGAAUACUACGUGCUGGAAGGAGGUGACAGGAUGCCCAGGAUUGGUUUCGGAACUUGGCAAGCAUCAGACGACGUGCUGGAGAAGUCAGUGGAGUCUGCGCUGGCGUCGGGCUACAGGCACUUCGACACGGCGAGGGCCUACGAGAACGAGGCCGCGUUGGGGCGCGCGCUCCGUCGCUGGAUAGGAUCAGACUCCGCCCGGAGGAAGGAACUGUUCAUCGUGACCAAGCUGCCGCCCGGAGGAAAUCGUCCGGACUUAGUGCCAGAGUACUUCGAAUCUUCAAUGAAAGACCUGGGUCUAGACUACCUAGACUUGUAUCUCAUGCACACACCUUUCGCCUUCGCCCACGUGCCAGGAGACCUGCAUCCCAAGAACCCUGAUGGUAGCAUGCAAGUUGACCAUACGACUGAUCUUAUUGCUGUAUGGAAGAGUAUAUGCAAGUUGAAGGAGUCAGGCCGCGUCCGACACGUUGGUGUAUCGAACGUCAACGAGGAACAGCUGAAACGCCUGUGCGCAGUCCAGAAGCCGGCUUGCCUGCAGAUAGAGGUGCAUGCUCUGUGUCAGCAACCGGCGAUGGUGGCCGCCGCUGCUGCGCUCGGUGUCCCCAUUGUGGCUUACUCUCCAUUGGGAUCCAAGGCUUUGGCUGAUGCCCUCGCUGCCAAAACUGGCCGAGAGUACCCUGACCUACUUACGCUGCCCGCAGUGCAGCGUAUUGCGCAGGCGCAUUCCCGCACGCCGGCACAGGUGCUCCUGCGACACACGCUACAGCGGGGCCUAGCUGCCAUUCCCAAGAGCACCAACCCGGAGCGUAUCAAACAGAACAUUUCUCUGUGGGAUUUCGAGUUAAGUGACAGCGAGAUGUCCGACCUGUCGGCCCUGGACCGCGGAGAGCAGGGCCGGAUCUGCGACUUCUCCUUCUUCAUCGGCAUCGACAAACACCCAGAGUUCCCCUUCAAGAAAUAAUACCUACAGCAAUUGCCUAGUUACAGCGUAGCAAAGCGGUACUUGUAGUAAUAAGGAUUGUAACGUUACCCCGAUGUUAGUGACAACAAGUUUCUAUUUUAAGUGUAUAAAAAAUAUAAAUGUGAAAUAAAGAAUUGUUAUUUUAAA